GUUAUACAUGUGUUUGUAUUGAUUUUGAAUACAAGUGUCACUUUGAAUGUUGGAAAUGACUUAUACACUGUUUAAACAAGAAAUGAUGGAACUUGGCUUUGAAGGCAAGUCCAGUCACUCAUGCUAAAAUAAUGAUUGAGUUAUAUCCCUUGACCAGCUGAGAAAAACAGACAAGCACAUACAAAGAUCAUGCAUAUAGGUAAUUAUUUUCUAUAUUUUUAAUUCUAUAUUUCAGUUAUAACCUGAGAAAGGAUGAUGCAGUGUUUGAAUGGGACUUGUACCAGCUUUGUGCAGUGCAUUGAAUGGCUCACUGCCAGUCACUGUGUCACCAGAACUGUGUGAGGUGAGAGAGGAGAGUUCCCUGGAUGACCUUGGCCCCAGUCUGACCUCUAGUGACCUUGACCCCGGAUGUUUGGAUGGGAGCGGCCUAGAGUCGGGGGAGGAGUACCUCGCGGGGCCUGAAUGCCUGGAGACGCAGCGGUCAGUACAGGCCCUGUUGGACACAGAGAGAGAUGAGGUGGAAGAGUGUCUUAAUUGUCUGCCCCUGGACGAGGAUGAAGCAGUAGUGAUGCAGUUACCCCAGCAGCAGGAGGGAGGUCCAGGACAGGGGGGCGGGGUGGGUCAGAAGCAGCAGGAGUGUUCAGGGUGCAAGAAGGACAUCCGAGACCGGCAUCUCCUCAAGGCUCUGGACCAGUACUGGCACGAGGACUGCCUCAAGUGCUCGUGCUGUGAUUGUCGUCUCGGUGAAGUUGGCUCCACCCUUUUUGCCAAGGCAAACCUUCUUCUCUGUCGCAGGGACUAUCUCAGGUUGUUUGGUACAACAGGCUACUGUUCAGCAUGUUCAAAGAUGAUUCCAGCAUUUGAGAUGGUGAUGAGAGCAAAAAACAAUGUGUACCACCUAGAGUGCUUCGCUUGUCAGAUGUGCAAUCACAGGUUCUGUGUUGGAGACAGAUUUUUCUUGUGUGAUAACAAAAUUCUGUGUGAAUAUGACUAUGAGGAGAGAAUGGUGUUUGCCAACAUGACUUACAACUACAAUGCCCUGUCACAGAUCAAGCGCCAGACAAACAGUUUAAGUGACGAUCUUUCCAGUGGCUAUGGAAGCCCAAGCCCGGGCUCGUUAUAGGGGGAUGGGACAUGAAGUGACCUACCUACCGGUUUCUGUAUUGUCAUUAUUGGAGAUAGAUAUGAUUGUGUUAAGCACACUGUGUAUGUCAGGACUGGCCCAUAGCCUGCAUAUUCCCGGUCAGGCAAUGGUUGUGGAGGCAUGUUUUUACUGGUUUAAAGGUUAGGGAAAGAGACUGUUAUACAGUUUUCAAUUCCAAGCUUGUCAAUUUAAUUGAAAAGAUAUUUCUCAUUCAUCAAAUGUUGUUAAAAAAAUAACACCACCGCAAAAAUGAAAUAUUAAUUUUCAGUAUUUAAGUACAAUCUACUAUAAGGCUGUAAGACACUGAGCUUGGCAAUACUGUUGCUUAGCAAUUGUGUGUGCACUGUUGAUCUUUACUUAAACAAAAUAUUCUUUUUAUGAAAUAUAUAAUAUGAAGUUAGUAAUACUAUUCUAUGAACUAGAGUAUUUGAGAAAAUUGCUGAUGUCUUUGUUUCAAAUUCCAGGCUUUGCUUUCCUGAAAAAAAGGAUUCAAUAUGUGUAUUAUUUUUUGGGGUCAAUUCUUAGACUUAGAGCUGCUAUCUAUAAGUUCAAGGCAAUGUGUACAUUUGAAAGCAAUCCCAAACCUUUUAAAUUAUUCUAAAUAUGUAAAAGGUUAAUUGGUUGUGUAUACAAUAAAGUUAUACAGUUUUAUUGAAUUGAUUGUGUUAAUAUAUUUCUUCAGCAUUUUAUUAUUAUAAUUGUAUUCCAUGAUUUACUGUUAUUUUCUGUUGUUUAUCAAUUGGGUUAUAUAUAAGUUGUUGAAAGGAAAAUAUAAAAAUAUGACUGUUUGAUUUCAUCAAUUGUACCGUUAUGGUAAAAACUGAUGAUAUUGUUACAUGUUUUAUUGUUUGAUCUAGUCUAUAUUAAUAUUGCAUACAUUAAUGUGUUAAAUCUCAUGAAUAUUGCAUACAUUAAUGUGUUAUACAUUAAUGGGUUAAAUCUCAUGAAUAUUGCAUACAUUAAUGAGUUUCAUCUCAUGAAUAUUGCACACAUUGAUGUAUUAAAUUUCAUGAAUAUUGCAUACAUUUAUGGGUUAAAUCUCAUGAAUAUUGCAUACAUUUAUGGGUUAAAUCUCAUGAAUAUUGCAUACAUUAAUGAGUUAAAUCUCAUGAAUAUUGCAUACAUUAAUGGGUUAAUUCUUAUGAAUAUUGCAUACAUUUAUGGGUUAAAUCUCAUGAAUAUUGCAUACAUUUUUUGGUUAAAUCUCAUGAAUAUUGCAUACAUUAAUGGGUUAAAUCUUAUGAAUAUUGCAUACAUUAAUGAGUUAAAUUCCAUGAAUAUUGCAUAUAUGUGCUAUUAAGGGGGACCAAUUUUGCAUAAGGGAGUUAACCAUUCUCUGUUCACCAUUUGUUGUACACUUUCAGUGAACUAGUAGACGGAGGCCUUUUCAUUAAAAAACUUAGUUGUAAAGUGAAAUCAUAUUUUAGUUAUUUUGCUAUGUAUUGGUAAGAAGUGAACUAAGGCUAUAUUUUAAGUUGAAUACACACUUGGGGAAAUUGUUGCCAUCUGGGAACUUUCUAUAGGUUUUGUGAAAUUACAACUAAGAUUUUUAAUGAAAAAGGCCCUUGAAGUAAUAUAAAACCUCAUCUGUAGUUUUGGCAUUUACUGUGAAACCCAAGAUUUUUGAAACAUUAGAUUUCUUGAAAAUGAACCUGUUUGUUUACACUGGAGUAAACUACAUUAAAAGUAUAGAGAUUACAUCUGCUUACGUUAGAAAGUUAUAAAUGAUGAUGGAGGCAUACACAUAGACUUGCAUAAAACUUCAGGAAUGGUUUUCUCAUUGAAUUUUUUCAUUGCUGUAGAUUCAUUUCAAAGAGACCUCCUGUUUCAUCAAAUGUUCAAAGGUGGUAUGUCAUUCAUCUAUGGUAAGUGUUUUAGGUUUGUUUAGUUUUCAUUUUUUCUAAGUUCCUCUUGAAAGAGUGAUGCACUUUGAAACUCGCAAGAUUCCAAUUUGAAGACCUGUGCUAAAGCCUUGUUUAAUUUGAUAAUUGCGUAGUGUGCUACAGCCAAGACUAGGUUUUAUAGAUGACAGGAUGUUUACACAAAACUUCAGUGUCCGGAUGAAAAACACCUGUUUAGCUUUGAUUCCUUUUUUUACCUCCCAACUUACGUUUUAACUGCUUUUGAUCAGUCUUUUAAUACUUUAGCUUUUACUUGUACUAUCGCUGUUGUUUUUCAUUACAAUUGCUGUGUAUUUAUUCUUUUAAUUUGUAUCGCUUAGGUUGCUAAAUGUUGAAAUCAGAAUCCCAAUCUGUGGAAUUCUAAAGAUAAGCUUGACUUGGUUGAACCCCAAUGUUAAGAUUUUCAUGCCAUAUAUGUACUUUCUCAGAUUAAUUAUGUUCAUUAUUAAAAAUAAUGAAGCCGCCCUCAGACUCAUGAAUAUGCAGUGCAUAUAUAGGAUUCUUACAACAAACCUGAAGGCAUCACAUGGUGAAAUAUCAAGUGCAGUGGAUUUCUGAGAAUCAGCAGUAUAAUUAUUAUUGUGAAUUCUACUUUCCAAGAUACUUAUCAUGCCCCUGCACACACAAAACUCGUCACUCACACUAUAAUUAAUAAAAAUUGAAGAACAGAUCCUGGCCUUUAAUAUCUGUGUCAUGCAAUGCCCAUCCUGCUGAGGAAACAUAAACCGAGAAAUGCAACUGCAUGUCACAUUAGUGUUUUUUGUGAAAUUAUUUCAAAUGAGCAUGGAGUGAUUUGGAUGGGAAUUUUGUGCAAUCGGAAGAUCAAACAACGGCAUAAAUAGUUUAAGAGCAUGCACGUUGCGAUGUAACCACUAUAAUGGUUUAAAAUUGUUGUUAUUUUAGGCAUAUUGUAAUCAGGUUUUGAAAGCGGGAGCUAUUUAAUUGUGGUCUAAAUGUAAUUAACAUUGAUGCCCGCACUGCAUCUAGGAUAAAAAUGCCACUUAAUUAUAAACUUCACAUUUACAGAUUAUAGAUAUCUCAUCAGGUUUAUAUAUACACAGUAGGCUUCCUACCCUAAAACACUUUUUUCAUCUUACCUAUUAAAGUUUUUGGAACAAUAAUUCACAACAAUUUCCAUUAACAUUUACUUGUAUCAUGUCCAAGGGUGAGGCAUGUAUCCUAGUCAAGGAAAUCCGAGAGAUACUCUUUAAUUGACCAGUCGCCAACGCAAAUAAUGCAAUUUGUCGAGAUCAUUUGGCAAAGUUUUUAAGAUAAUCCAUUUGGCAGUGCAACCAUGUGCUUUUAUUUAUUGAUAAAAUAUAAUCCUGUUAUUGGUCAUCUGAUUGUCUAAUUGACAACUGCCCACUGGUCAAUUAUAAAUUGUUAAUAUUAUGCCAUUGUAAAUAUUUCAUUAUUAUUAUUUGUUAUAACUUCACAUUCUUGUAUAGUUUUGUGAUGUUCAGAUUUUAAAGUAAAGUAAAAGUAUUAUAAAAUCUCUGAAUUCCAUGAGAGUGAACAGGCCACAAUCUGUUUGCUUCCAUUAUCUUACUUACACUAACAGCAUGUACAUUGAAAACAGAUUAUUGUUUGUGAUUAUAUCUGAAUAAAAAAACAUUGUUUUGGAA